UGUCAUGAUAACACUGCGCGCGCUGCAGCCAAAAUCUAUUAUUAGUCCAUCAGUAACAAACACAAAUAAAAACGCACAGCGGGCGGCCGUGUAACGUGACUGCAGCUCGGGUCAUACGAAGAACCACAAACAGACUUAAAACAGCAUUUUUACAACAACCUUUAGUUUUCUCUUCCACCGUUACACAGAAAGUAAACCCGUUCGCAGUCUGCAGCUGUUUCAAGGUUUCCAAUGUCUCAGUACAAAACCAGAGGGAAACUAGAGAAAAAGGUAGCAGAUAAGUCCAUUCAUCCCCAGUCUUCUGUGAAAAGCAGACAUGCAGCAGGUGAAGACAGAAGAGAAAAGGAAGCUGGAAGUCACAUCGCAUCAUCAAGUCUAAAAAGAAAUGUUAGAGAAAAAAAGUCAAUCGUCCCUCCAACUCCUCCCACAUCAACCCAUUCCCCGCCCACUUUCAGAAAACCUCCUCCUGUAGAGCCUCUCUUUGACCCGGAGCUCCGCCCCUUUGUGUUUCCCACACACUGCGACGCUCUCUUCGCCUCACUGCGAGGACUCAAGGAGGAGGGGCUUCUGCUGGACUGCAGUUUAAAACUCCUGGGCAACUCCCACAAGGCUCACCGACUGGUGCUGGCUGCUGUCAGUCAAACGACAGAGGCGUGGCUGUUAUCUGGAGAGGCGGGGCUUAAGGAAGUGGAGCUGGAUGGAGGACGGGUGACUCCUGCAGGACUGAAGGCUGUACUGGACUUCAGCUACAGUGGAGAAGUGGACAGAGGAGAAACGGAUGAGGUGCUGGAAGCCUGUAGGUGUUUAGGGGCAGAGAGACUCGAGCGACUGUGUGGCAAAGAUGUUGUGGUCAGCGGGAGCGAAGAGAGAGAAAGAAGCCUGAGGUUCAUCCGAACACUGUGGGAGAGAAACAUUGGCUGUGAUGUCAUCAUACAGACAGACAGUGGAGACCGUUUCCCUGCUCAUCGUGUCAUAUUAGCAGCAGGUGCGGACUACUUUCGCGCUCUGCUCUGCGGAGGGUUACGGGAGUCAGGUGAGGGUGUGGUGUUACUGCGCGGCGUGAUGUCAUGGGUGCUGUGCGAUCUGCUGGACUUCAUUUACUCUGGCCAGCUGAACCUGAGCUGCAGGAAUGUGUGGGAUCUGACAGAAGCAGCUUCACAGUUUCAGCUGCAGGGGGCGCUGGCGCUGUGCUUAAACUUCCUGCAGGAUAAUAUGGAUGAAACAUCUUGCCUGGAUAUUCUGGCCUUGGCUGAAGCCUACAGUCUGGAGGAUCUGGGCAGACGGGCAGAGGACUAUGUUUUAGCCCACUUUCAGAGGGUCGCAGAUGGGGAGAAGUUCAAGGAUCUGCCCUUCGUCCAGCUGCAGCGUCUCCUGGAGAGAGAUGUGCUCAAUGCAGACAGUGAGCUGGCCGUGUUCAGAGCCGUGGUGAACUGGGUGGAGAUUGAUAAAGACCGGAGACUGUCUCAUCUCUCACGCUUGAUGCACAGCGUUCGGUUCGCUCUCAUGAGACCAGAGGAGCUGCAGGAGGUGCAGGACUGCAAGCUGCUGCUCAGGAGUUCAGGAGGGAAAACAGCGCUGGAAACUGUGAAAAAUCUCCUGCAUGCUGAUCGGAGAACAUCAGACUGCAAACCACGAACACCGAACCAGGUUUUGGUGCUCGUUGGUGGAGAUUGUGUGAAUGAAAAUUUCGAGCGUCGAGAGCCGAACCUGUGCCUGUGGUUUGCCCAGCACUUCAUGUGCGGAGAGGGACUCAUCCGAACCAUCGAGUGGAGACCUUUAGCAGACCUCCCCGAGCCGCCACGCUUUCGCCACUGUGUGUGUGUCCUCAACAACACACUCUAUAUCCUCGGAGGCCGGAAGUACUACGGUGCCCUGGACAUACUGAAGACUACUCUGAGAUUUGAUCCUGCUCAGGGCAGAUGGGAGCGUCUUCCUGACAUGUCCAGACCCAGGGAUUACUUCGCUGCUGUGUGUCACAGAGGGAAGGUGUUUGUCCUGGGCGGAAACUGUGAUGACGUGAACUGUCUGGACUCAGUGGAGUGCUACACACCUGAGGACAACACCUGGAGGUUGUGUCAUCCUCUGGACGCUGCUCUCUGCGGUCACGCCGCGGCCGUGUUGAACGGAGAGAUGUUUGUUUCUGGAGGGUGUGACUCUCGUCUGCGCUGCUGUCCGUGUCUGUGGAUCUACGACCCGGUGCACAGCUGCUCAGAACGAUCACCCAUGACAGCAGGAGCGGGACGGGCAGGUCACGUGAUGCUGGUUUCGGGACAGCGAUUGGUCGUGGCCGGGGGGUUGCAGCCAGUGUGGGCGGGGUUUGGAGACCAGCUGCAGUGUGAGUCGUAUGAUCCUGUUCACGACUCCUGGACGUCUUUCCCCGUGCUGCCCCGACCGCACCUCUCACCCGCGGCGGCCGCUCUUGACGGACAGCUGUAUGUUUUGGGAGGGUCUUCGGCUGAUUCUGCCCGUGAUACAGCAUGGGUGCACCGUUAUGAUCCACAGGGAAAGUGCUGGGAGAAACUGGGAGCAAUGCCGCGACCUUACGCGGAUCUCGCCGCAUGCGCUUUACAGCUGCCUGUCAGUCUGAAGAGCUGAAAGAGCGCUUCAGAUGAAUAUUUAUUAGUGUAUUCU